GCACCGCCACAUCCAGCUAAUUUUUUAUUUUUUGUAGAGACAGGGUCUCCCUAUGGUGCCAGGUCAGGCAUCAAUGGUCUUAACUAGCUUUUCUAUAUACCUUGCUGCAGCAUUUACAUCAAGACUUGCUGCUUCAUCUUGCACUUUAGUUAUGGAGAUGGCUUCUUUCCUUAAACCUCAUGACUAACCUGUUCUAGCUUCCAACUUUUCUUCUGCAGCUUCCUCACCUCUCUCAGUCUUCAUAGAAUUGAAGAGAGUUGGGGCUUUCCUCUAGAUUAGGGUUUGGCUUAAGGGAGUGUUGCAGCUAGUUUAUUCCUCUAUCCAUUAAACUUUCUCCAUAUCAGCAAUAAGGCAGUUUCACUUUCUUACCACUUGCUUGUUCUCUGGAGUAGCACUUUUCAUUUUCUUCAAGAAAUUUUUUUUUGCUUUCACAACUUGGCUAACUAACCUUUUGACCUAUCUUGACUUUCAACAUGCCUUUCUCUCUUAGGUUAACAUUUCCAGCUUUUGAUGUAAAGUGAGAGAUGUGUGACUCUUCCUUUCACUUGAACACAUAAAGGCCAUGGUAGGGUUAGUAAGUGACCUAAUUUUAAUAUUUUUAUGUCUCAGGAAAUAGGGAGGCCUGAGAAGAGGGAAAGAGACUGGGAAAUGAGUGGUCAGUGGAGCAGUCAGAAGACAUGCAACAUUCAUGGAUUAAGUUCGCUGGCUCCGAGACAGUUUGUGGUGCCCCAAAAUAAUUGCAAUAGUAACAUCAAAGAUCACUAAUCACAGAUCACCAUAACAGAUAAAAUAAUAAUGAAAAAGUUUGAAACAUUGCAAGAAUUACCAAAAAAUGCUGCAGAGACACCAAUGGACAGACUUGCUCUUAGUGAGUAAUUCCUCAGUACUCACUUAAGGGAAUGCCCUUUCAAGUAACAUGAAUUUUGUAUUUGAGCACUCUGCUUGUGUUCUUCAUCAACAAAUACAUUAGCACUUUAAAUGAAACAAGCUUGUAGUAACCCCAAGCUUUGCUUUGGCAGUUCUAGCUGUGUAAUGUGUGUGUGUAAUGCAUGUGUGUGUUUAAACACAAAGUAUAUGGAGCUACGGAGUAUACCUGCUAGGUUAGUAUGAAUAACACAGAAUUUAGAUUACACAGUUAGCUCAGCUUUCAUUUUCUGCUCCUGUUAAGUCGCAGAAUAGAAAUUGAGAGAGAGAGAGAAAAAGACUUUCUUGCUAUAUCAAAUUCAGAACCAACUUCUUAAAGUUAGUUAAGAAACCCUUGGGUAGUAGAGCACAUUUAAUCCCAACACCAACACAAUCAUUCACUGCUUUAAUAUUUUCAACAGUUACCUCAUUGCAUGCAUAAGCUCAGGGAGAAUAACAGGAGCCAUCCAUAUGUUUGCCACUUUCUUCCCUUUCAGACUCUCUCACUUUGGUAAUAAAAUUCUGCAUACCCUCCAGGUGUAUCUAAACCUGACAGCGGCUCUGCUAUCUAUUCUGGCAAUGUCUAAAAGAGAAUAACUUCCUGUCUUUUGUUUACAAUGUAAUGCUUUAACAAAAGAAAGAUAGACAAAAAGAUGUGUUAAUCAAAUAAUGUUUUUCUAUUUAUUUUUCAAGCAUGUUUUGUGCUGUUGGUAAGUUAUUUCUUUCUUGAAAUAACCUUGACGGCAAUAGCUCAUUGAUCACCCUAAUACUUACAUAAGCAAUCUCUAAACUGCAUAUAUGUUAAAUGACAAUAUAAGUAGAUCCAUAUGACAAAUCCAUCCAUAUGAUAGAUUUAGGACAUUGGGUUUUCUGGGAUAUCAGUACUCUAUUUUACUUGGUAAUGUGCCUGGCAGUGAAGAGCUUUAAAUUUGGUAUCUGUCAUUGCCUAUCUUGGUCUAAAUUAUAUCAUGCUAAAUAUUAUGACAAAUACUGCACAGGGGAAAUCAGCAGUGGGUUAUGAGAGUGGUCAACUUCAUAUUACAGUGUACUAGUGUCUGAUAUUAGAACUGUUCGCCAGAUGCUUCCUGUGGACUUCCAGAAAGCAGAGUGUGGUGCCACUGAGCUCCAGAGGCACUGAUGUGAAGUAUGCAGAAGGUAAUUGAUCACCCUAGACCCAGGGACUCCCAAUUCAUCGUAAUCAUCAUGAAUACUCAAAAAGCUGUAGCCGCGAUACUGGAAGAGUGCAAGCAAGUGCUGGACCAGCUCUUGUUGGAAGCACCAGAUGUGUCAGAAGAGGACAAGAGUGAGGACCAGCGCUGCAGAGCUUCACUCCCCGGCGAGUUAAGGACCCUGAUCCAGGAGGUAAAGGAAAUGAAGUGGCCCUUCGUGCCUGAAAAGUGGCAGUACAAACAAGCCGUGGGCCCAGAGGACAAAACAAACCUGAAGGAUGUGAUUGGCGCCGGGUUGCAGCAGUUACUGGCGUCCCUGAGGGCCUCCAUCCUCGCGCGGGACUGUGCCGCGGCGGCAGCUAUUGUGUUCUUGGUGGACCGGUUCCUGUAUGGGCUCGACGUCUCUGGAAAGCUUCUGCAGGUCGCCAAAGGUCUCCACAAGUUGCAGCCCGCCACGCCGAUUGCCCCGCAGGUGGUUAUUCGCCAGGCUCGAAUCUCCAUGAACUCAGGAAAACUUUUAAAAGCAGAGUAUAUCCUGAGCAGUCUAAUAAGCAACAAUGGAGCAACGGGUACCUGGCUGUACAGAAAUGAAAGUGACAAGGUCCUGGUGCAGUCGGUCUGUAUACAGAUCAGAGGGCAGAUUCUGCAAAAGCUAGGAAUGUGGUACGAAGCAGCAGAGUUAAUAUGGGCCUCCAUUGUGGGAUAUUUGGCACUUCCUCAGCCAGAUAAAAAGGGCCUCUCCACGUCGCUAGGCAUAUUGGCAGACAUCUUUGUUUCCAUGAGCAAGAAUGAUUAUGAAAAGUUUAAAAAUAAUCCACAAAUUAAUUUGAGCCUGAUAAAGGAGUUUGACCACCAUUUGCUGUCCGCUGCAGAAGCCUGCAAGCUGGCAGCUGCCUUCAGUGCCUACACGCCGCUCUUCGUGCUCACAGCUGUGAACAUCCGUGGCACAUGCUUGUUGUCAUAUAGUAGUUCCGAUGACUGUCCUCCAGGCAUGAAAAACUUGUAUCUGUGUGAAGCCAAAGAGGCCUUUGAGAUUGGCCUCCUCACCAAGAGAGAUGAUGAGCCUGUUACUGGAAAACAGGAGCUUCACAGCUUUCUCAAAGCUGCUUUCGGUCUCACCACAGUGCAAAGAAGACUCCACGGGGAGACAGGAAUGGUCCAUGCAGCAAGUCAGCUCUGUAAGGAAGCAAUGGGGAAGCUGUACAAUUUCAGCACUUCCUCCAGAAGUCAGGACAGAGAAGCUCUGUCUCAAGAAAUUAUGUCUGUGAUUGCCCAGGUAAAGGAACAUUUACAAGUUCAAAGCUUCUCAAAUUUAGAUGACAGAUCUUAUGUUCCAGAGAGUUUCAAGUGCAGGUUGGAUAAACUAAUCUUGCACGGGAAAGUGGAUUUCCAAACAAUCCUUAAAACCUAUUCACAGCACCAUACUUUGGUGUGUGAAGUAUUUGAAAGUGAUUGUGGAAACAACAAAAAUGAACAGAAAGAUGCAAAAACAGGAGUCUGUAUCACAGCUCUAAAAACAGAAACAAAAAAUCUAGACACUGUGAGUACUACUCAAGAAAAGCCAUGCUAUCAAAAAGACGCAGGAACAUCUUCCCUCCCAAUGGUGAAGAACGUUCAGAGGGAAUUCAGAAGGGGAGGAAGGAGAAACUGGACCCAUUCUAAUGCAUUUCGAGUCUCCUUGGAUCAAGAUGUGGAGACUGAGACUGAGCUUUCGGACUGCAGCAAUGGCGAGGGAGCUGUUUUCAACAAGUCUCUGAGUAGCAGCCACAGCUCCAGUGCUUGGAGCAACUUAUCAGGGUUUAGCUCCUCUGCAAGCUGGGAGGAAGUGAAUUGUGCUGAUGACAAGUCAGCUGGAAAAGAGCCUGGCAAAGAACAUCUGGUGGACACUCAGUGUUCUACUGCCUUGUCUGAGGAACUAGAGAAAGACAGGGAAGGCAGAGCUGCUCAUUCACUGUGUUCAGAGCUUCAUGGUCUCACUCUUCAGGAACCCAAAGAUGACAAUUGGGAGCCAUCUCAAAAUCAGCUCCACAAACAGAUGCCCUUGGUACCUCAUAAUACCCCAGGUACUUUUUUGGUCUCUGGUCCAGGGCUUUUAGAAGGAGCUCCAAAAGUUAUCCAGGAAGUCAGAAAUAUGAGACCCAGAAAUACUUCAGCUCAUUCCAGACCCUCAUAUGGUUCUGCUUCUUGGUCUUCUGAUUCUGGUAGGCCCAAGUAUACGGGCACACAACCUUCAGUCCAAGAAGGAGAAGCCUUUGAAAUAAUUGAUGAGUUUCCAGAAAUCAACUGUGAUGCCAAAGACAGCCAUGGGGAAGAAAAGGGAGAAGAAAUCAGUGAAAGAGACACAGACCCUACAUUUAAAGCUAGUUCCUCCUGGGUUGACCCAGAAGGAGAAACAGCAGAAAGCACAGAAGAUGCACAAUUAGACUUUCGCAGAGUCAUGCACAAUCCUCUGGGACACAAUUCCAUGCUGGCAAAUAGCUCUUUCUCCCCUAAUUGGCCUGUUCAAAAUCCUGACUCCAGUAGAAGUGCUGGCUCAGUCGCAGAGCAGGGCAUCGACUCUGAUGCCUCCACGGUGGAUGAGGAGGGGCAAGUGCUCCACAGCACGGAUGUUCCUUGUGCAAAUGGGCAUGGCCCUCAUAGACUGUGCACUCUGAGACAGCCACCUGGUCAGGUGGCUGAGACCCCCAGUUCCCCUGUAAGCAGUAACAUCCUCUUCCCUGUCCUCAGCCAGGACUGCACUACCACAGAGGAAGGAAAUGAGCCUGGAAACAUGCUAAACUGCAGCCAGAACUCCAGCUCAUCUUCGGCGUGGUGGCUGAAAUCACCUGCAUUUUCCAGUGGUUCUUCUGAUGGGGACAGCCCAUGGUCCUAUCUGAAUUCCAGUGGGAGUUCUUGGGUUUCAUUGCCAGGAAAGACAAGGCAAGAAAUCCUUGAGGCUCGCACCUUGCAGCCUGAUGACUUUGAAAAGCUGUUGGCAGGAGUGAGGCAUGACUGGCUGUUUCAGAGACUAGAGAAUACGGGGGUUUUUAAGCCCAGUCAACUCCACCGAGCACAUACUGCUCUUUUGUUAAAAUAUUCCAAAAAAUCUGAACUGUGGACAGCCCAGGAAACUGCUGUCUAUCUUGGGGACUACUUGACUGUGAAGAAAAAAGGCAGACAAAGAAAUGCUUUUUGGGUUCAUCAUCUUCAUCAAGAAGAAAUUUUGGGGAGGUAUGUUGGGAAAGACUAUAAGGAGCAAAAAGGGCUCUGGCACCACUUCGCUGAUGUGGAGCGGCAAAUGACUGCACAGUACUAUGUGACAGAAUUUAACAAGAGACUCUAUGAACAAAACAUUCCCACGCAGAUAUUCUACAUCCCAUCCACAAUAUUACUGCCUGUUACCCUUAUUAAGAGUGUGAUGUUGGGUCUCAUAUUGGGGAUCAUUAUAGAACAGAAAUCUUUUUCCUUACGCUAUGUACUUAAAUCCGACUUCAAUUCUACCUUAAUAUUUUAAUUUUGUUUUAGUUUGCCUGGUAUUUUAUUCAUCAGAAUUUUUAUUAGCAAUUACCUUCUACUUCAUAUAAAUUAUAAGUAAGAUUUAUUAUAAUUAUUUAUAGUAAUGGUUCCAUGGCCACCCCAAGACCUUUCCUAUUCCACUUUCAGAGAAUUUAUCACUCUGUUAUAUAUUUUACUUUUGAUCUGUUUCCCUUAACAAGAAUGUUAGCUCAAUGAGUACAAAGAUUUUUGACUAGCUUGUUCAGUCAGUACCACCAGUGCCUAAAACAGUGUUUGUAGUGUCUGCACUCAAUAAAUAUUUGUUGAAUGAGCAGAUGAGUAUAUGAAUUAAUGAAUAAGGCAUUAAAGAAAUUUCUGAAUCAUGAAAGAAGUAUUCAAUAUUGUGAUAUUGAUAAUUAUUCUAAGUGGAUUUUAUUGUUUUCUAAUACCUUGAAAAUUGGUGAUCUGGGGAUGUCAUAUUUGACAAAUAUAAUUACCCAAUAUUUAGUUAUUCUGAAACCAAUAACUGGAAUAUGCAACCCAAAUUCCUUACCAGGAAUUUACUAACUAUAAACCACAGGGUGACCAAGUUUUUGAAGUACCUUUUUAAGAGAGAGAGAGAGAGAGAGAGAGUGUGUGUGUGUGUGUGUGUGCGCGCGCGUGUAUUUUUGUAAACCCUUGAUGGACA